AAUAACUUAUUCUUUUUCCGAGUACAGUAACAUAGAGUAGUUCGCGCUUACCGUAUGUAGAUACGUGUUUCGUGCUUGAAACUUGUCGCGUCAAAACUUUUAGUUUUUAUUAGAUAAAUAAUCAAUUUCUUUGUUCGAAUAUUUGAAAUCGUUGUAUUUUUAAGUUACGAAAAUUGCGUAUUUCAAAUUUCAAAAUAUACGUGGACAUCGAUCUGGUUCUAGAGCCAUCUGUUAGUCUCUGGGAUAAAGCGAAAUAUUAUUCGUUAUUUAAAUAUCUCUCCCAACUUCUGUGAAUAUAUUUAACUGUUUACAAGAUUCGUCGACAAUUUUUCGUCGAAUUUUUAUUAACGAACAGCAAUGGAACCUAUGACGUUAGGAUCACCUGUUGGAAGCCCUAAACAAAGUCCUGGAAGCCCGAUGGCUUCUGUGUGCCUUCCGAAUUUUCUCCUAGACAGUACAACCCCAGCUAAAGUGAACCUAGCCAGUCCUCAAGAUACUCAGAAACAAUUCUAUAGCGGACACACCAGCUUAUUGUCUCCGCUUUCUCAUUACGGUACUCCAGACUAUCGCACUAGCCGUCAAAAAGCUGUAUUCGGUGGUGCUAAUACCCCUAAUACUUCUCAGAUGGUCGCGGAAAGUCACACCGGUGGACCACCUACCAGAGGAUUGUUCGAUACUUUAGAAACCUCUCAAAAAUUAUCCUACUCUUCGCCGGCCGAUCAAAGUAUCUCUUGCAGUCAACCUAGAAAUUUAAUCAAUACCAUGAACGCUUCUAUAUUCAACGACAGUUCUUUAAAUCCGAAUAAAAACGAGUCUCAAGGGCUUUUGCAGUGGGUGACCGUUUUUGGUUUCCCUCCCAGCGAUACGAACACGGUUUUGGCUCAUAUUUCCAGCAGAGUUCGAAUACUGGACAAACAUCCGCCUCCGCAGCCACAAAGUAAUUGGAUUCAUUUAAAAUGCGCUUCGGAACAGGAAGCGCAAAGAGCGCUCGCGUGCAAUGGUAAUAUUGUAUCCGGAUCUGUCAUGAUCGGCGUAAUUCCUUGUACGGACGAGGGCGUUAUACUAGGUUCGGAUAAAGAAAAUCGCUCGAGAAUGAACGGAAGUAUCAAGUGUUUUUCUAAUCUGAGUCGAAUUAACCAGUCACCGGAAUAUAGUACACCUCGUACACCGAUUAGGAUACAAAAUGUAAGACCUUUAGCAGCCGGUUAUAAUCAACUUAGUCCUCAGUCGGUGAGAGUGCCAGAAAAUGUACCACAAAAAUCUACGGGUUUAGUUUCGAAAGCGAUGGAAUAUAUGUUCGGAUGGUAGUCUUAAUUAUGGAUGUUACUUAUUAAUGACAAAUAUCGUUUAGCGCGUAAUUUUUCUUUGCCUUUACUACGCAUUUUUAUCAAAAUUCGAUACAUGUAUGUAUAAGCACGACUAACCGGAGAGAGGAACAUUUGAAAAUCUCGAAACGUUUCUUACUUUGCUCAAUUAUAUUUUACUAUAUCAAUAGUACGAAAUAUAAAUUUUUAGAAACAUCAAAUAAUAUUAUCACGCAACGUUUACCUUCCUACUGUUAUAUAUCUUUCUUAUUAUUCUGUAACUUUCAACCAACAAUUACUCGCAACGUACUAAAUUUCUCUAUUGUAAAGUACACGAUUAACUUAUGAUUUAGCCUGCAAGAGUAUUUUCGCGGCAUUCGACCACGUAUAUUGCACGGAUAUUAAUUUAAAUGGUCCAUUUUUUAGCGUACACGUAUUACCGAAAAAAUAUUAGCGAACGUUUACGAGCAUGCGACGAACUUGUACUUUCGGUCGUCUUUCAAAUGUUGCGUAUAUGAACAAAUGUAUGACGGAGAUUUUGUUCGCGAUAUUAAAAACAUUGGUUUGUCGUAA